AUGAGGUAUUCUUUCCAAGGAGGCACGGGUGCUCCGCUGAUUACUCCAAUGCAAUCCCAGUCCCCGCUGGCUCUUGGCUUUGAAUAUAUAGCUGAGCGGCUGGUUUCAUUCAAAAUUAAACCACCCCUCGUGUACCUUUUGAUUAUUAUAAUGGAAGAGUAG